AUGUACAUAAAAGGUAUUUGGAAUUAAGUAGACUAAUACUAAUAGUUUACUUAGCCAGAAUUAAGUAUAAGAUUACAAAAAAUCAGUAAAAAUUCUAACUUUGUAUCUCUGCAUUGUACUAACAAAGAAAUGGUCCUCUUCAAAGGACCCAAUUAUGGCAAAGCCUAUAAAUAUUUAAGAAUCGGAUUUGAUUAUAAGUUUUAGGUUUUAAGAAGUCCAUCACUUCUGAUAAAUCCCUCUUUGUCAGAAUGGAAGGGAGAGAACAUUAAACAAAUAGGGGAAAUUCUAGCUAUUAAAUUAUUUAGAGAAAAUAGUAUAAAGUAAUGCGAGUUUAAAGGAUCUUUAAGAGACUUGCAAAUGCUUAGGGAAUUUUUAGGGAAGAGAAUGAAUUAGGUUGGCUUCCAUUAAUAUUUCAAAGUACACAAGUUGAUUGGUUAAGGAAGUUUUGCUUCAGUAUACUUAGCUACUAGAAUUGAGGAUGGAAUGAAAAUGGCAGUAAAGGCCUUUUGUAAGAAUGCCAUCUAUAAAUAGGAGAAGGGAAAAGAUGGCCUGGUUAAUGAAAUUCAAAUAAUGAGAGACUUAGAGCACCAGAAUUUGAUGAAAUUAUACGAAGUUUAUGAAACUCACAACUCAAUUUAUAUGGGCUUAGAAUUACUAGAAGGUGAUUUGCUUUAUGAUCUUCACAAAGUAAAAAGAAAAUUUACAUCCUGGGAGAUUUACACUAUCAUGAAAGGUCUCUUAAAUGGUCUAGCUUACAUUCAUGAAAAGGGUCUUAUGCAUAGAGAUUUAAAAUUGGAAAACAUUCUUUUCAGAUAGCCUGAUAACUUCAAUUCUGUUGUUAUUGCAGAUUUUGGUUUGGCCACCUAUGUUGAUCAUACCCCUUACAUUUUUACCAGGUGUGGCACUCCAGGAUUUGUGGCACCUGAAGUCAUCAAUUUAUAGAACGACACUCAAACCUAUGGAGUUAUCUGUGAUAUGUUUUCACUUGGAGUCAUAUUUUAUAUCUUGACCACAGGGUAACCUGCUUUUAAAGGCACAAGUUAUAACACUAUUGUUAAAUCGAAUCGAGCAGGGUUUAUUGAUUUGUAAACGGAUAAGCUAAAUCAAUCAUCUUGGAAUUUGAAAGACCUAUUAUGUAAGAUGCUUUAGUGCGAUCCUUAAAAUAGAAUUACUUCUAGGUUGGCCAUUCAACAUGAUUAUUUUCGUUCUUUCGAUGAAGAUGAGAUGGCUUUGAUGUAAACAGACGAUGACCCUGGACUUGAAGAGAUAAUAACAAAAUUGAAUUCAAAAUAUAUUAGAUUGGAUCUCAAAAGGCUAAAUUAAAGUAAUGAUGAUCAUGAAAUUUGCAAAACUCAAGAUCUGAAAGUCAGUUAGAGUCAAAAUGAUCAAGAUUAAUUAAAUAUGGUCAUGAGAACUCCCCUUCUUAUAGGAAGAGUAAGAUUUACAGAAGGCUCACCAAAUCAAUCCAUUUAGUCUUGGGAUCUGAAUCUCCAAAGUCCUGGUUAAGAUUAAAAUUAAACGAAAUGGCUUAAACCAUUUUUGUUAUGA